CCGAACAAAAAAAGGAUUGGGUUUUCGGAAAAGAAAACCAACAUACACAUGUCCAGACGGUAAUCUGAGUGGGCUUGAACCCAUCUCUUACUUGUGAUUGUAUCCUUUCCCUAAUUAAUAAAUCUAAUUUGGGCCUUUGCCCAUCGUAGUAGAUUGUAUUAUUAAAUCUUUCUAUUAGUCUAAAAUAUGGUGAAACAAACCAAAAGAAAUGGAGGACAAGGGCAUGGAGCAUCCUAGACUGAUUUUGCAUAAUUUCCUGACAGAAGAAGAAUGCAAGGAACUGGAGUUCAUACACAGGAGCUGUAGCACUGUGGGGUACAGACCCAACGUAUUUUCCACAACACUGUCUCAUCUCAUCGCUACUAAUUCUCCUCAUCUGAUCAUCCCUUUUCUUCCCAUUAGAGAUAGAUUGAAGGAGAAGGUAGAGGAGAUCUUUGGGUGCGAAUAUGAGCUUGUCACCGAGUUCACUGGCCUUAUCAGUUGGAGCAGAGGAGCAAGCAUCGGUUGGCAUAGUGAUGAUAACAGGCCCUAUCUCAAACAACGGGAUUUUACGGCAGUCUGUUAUUUGAAUAGUUAUCAAAAGGAUUUCAAAGGUGGAUUAUUUCAUUUCCAAGAUGGGGAACCCAAAACUAUUGCGCCUUUGGCCAGAGACGCUGUAAUGUAUACAGCUGACAGCCGCAAUACUCAUUCUGUGGAUGAGGUAACUGAAGGAGAACGGCUAACGCUUACUUUAUGGUUCAGCCGUGAUAGUUCCCAUGAUGAGGAUGCUAAACUUAUUCCUCUAAUUGCAGAAAGCCUAUUACACAAGUCAAAUAAUGUGCCGUGUUCAUUCCUACCUUUGCCAGCAUCAGAUAAUAUGUAUUGGUUUGCUCCUAAUCAAGCUUCUCAUCAAGAAUUGGGUUUUGAUAUUCGCUUGGGAAGAUUGCAUUCUCUUGGAUUUGAUGUAUAUUAUUCUCAAGGCAUGAGUUUUAUCUCAGAUUUAUCUGAACUGCUCAUGGAACCGAUGCAAUUAGCAAGAGGACAUCAGUUGCUUGACCAUGAAUUUGCCAAUGCUUUGCAUGCACUUCAGGUGGUGCAAUUUUACUUUUGGAAAGGGUGCAAAUCUCAAACUUUUACAAAUGAAGUUCAAUCUGGCAAGGUGGUAAAAUUAUCACAAUCACAAUGCGAGAAAAUUAGUCAAGUGAAAUCUGUUUUUCUGAAGGAUACUAAACUGGUGGAGACUGUUUUUCGACGUGUGGAGCAACAGUCCUUUGAUUCAGCCUCUUUUUCCGCUGCAAUCACUGCUUGGGAAGAUUAUUCCCGUAAGUUACAUAAAGAAAUCUUAAUGAGCUUCCCUCAAUGGAGAGCUCAUCAAGCUAUAUACAGUGUUCAAUUUGAUGUGUCUUGACUCUUGACAAAAUUUCAGUUAUAGAUCCCUGGUGAUCUUGUGAUAAAUAUCACUAUUUUUUAGCUAUUUGGGUUGUUAGAUUUUAUAGCUCAAAAUUGUUUUGGUUUAUGAGCAGAUAUUACUUAUGUUCCUAAUUGGACAGUGUGCCAUGUAGGUUGCCCUUAAGACCCCAUGCUGUUAGGAUCAUCCCUGACUGACUGAAAAAAAAAAUACUGUGGUUGUCUAUACUUGGAGUUGUUUUUGUCCAAUUAGGAGGCAUCUUCUACGAAAUAAGUAAGUAAU